AUGGCCUCCUCGUUGCGGACUCUUUCGACUCAGCUUCUGCCGAAGUCGCUCCAGAUUACUGCGACGUCGCAAGAUGCAGGAUUUGGUCGCGAUUGUACGCGAGCUCUGCGCUUCAGGUAUCCUCGCACAAACCAAACCGUCGCAAGGCGUUCGCUAUCACUCGCUGCUGCCAGAAGCACCGCACUCUCUCGCACGCCCCCCUCGCGUACCUCCAUUUUCGAGAAUCAAACCCCUCGAAGUGGAAAGCACCAUGUCCAGAAGGGGGUGAGGGUAUCAGCGGUGGCGACAGACGAGCAGGGGGAGGGGGAGGGGGAGGGGGAGGGUGCGGAGUGCGUGGCAAGGGCUGACCGCCCUCUGUUCGACCUCAAUCUGGCCGUGCUGCUGGCGGGAUUCGCGUUUGAGUCCUAUAACGAACCGCAGGAGAGCAAGGAGACGCUGUGGGAGGAGGACGUGGGGGGCUGUCGCACCAUCUUCACAUCCUACGGCUUUGCCUACGAGCUCUACUCCGGCCAGCUCAUCGUGACCGUCCAUUCCGCCUCUGACGUGCCGGCAGUUGAUCUCUGGGGCACCAGCGACCCCUAUGUGCUGGCAGCGGUUGGGGAGGCAUCGGCGCGCACUCGCACCAUCUGGACGAGCACGGCACCGGAGUGGAACGAGGAGAUUCGCCUGCUGGUCAAUGCAGAUGACACCUCCCCCAAAUACCUUAAGUCACAGCUGUCCAUGUGGGACGAUGGAAUCGUCAUCUCGCCCCGCCGCCUCGGAAAUGCUUCGAUUCGAUUGGACGAUCUCCUGGACGGUAGGAUCCUUGUCACUGCUAUUGUUCUCCGCCAACCCUCCACCGCAACUGCCACCGACUCCUCCCCUGCUCCCACCGAUGGCUCUGCUGCUCCCGCUACCAGCCAACCCUCGCCGGCCAUUUCCACGUACGAGUUUGUCCGGUCUGCCAUCCAGCAGUUUGGCGCCCCGUCCGCCUUCCCAACGAGUCUGGAUAAGAUUCGGGAUUCUGUCAUCUCAACCCAGUCCUCAACACCAGCAGCAAGCCCUACUGAAAAUACUGCAGAAAAUGCUGAGUGUGGUAGCCGUGAGAGCAGUGACAGGCAGCAGCAGGUGAGGCAGGCAGUGGGGUUGGCGAGGGAGGUGCUACUCAGGGCAGGCUGGAUCCCCCCAGGUGGUACCCUAGACCAACUCAGCCAGGCUGUUAUCGGUGCCACUGCUGGCAGUGGCACCAGCGCCACUGGUGGUACUAGUGGCACUGGCGGCAAUUCCAGCAGCAGCAACGGAGACUCUGCCCCUGCUGGUGGUGCUGCUGGUGGUGCUGCUGCGUCUGGUGGGUUUGAUCUGGGGUUUGCGGCAGCGGCUGCAGCAGGGGGGUUGCUGGAGGGGGCAGCAGGCGCAGUGGCGGGGAGGAUAGAGCAGCGGCGAGCAGAGCUCAGGAGAAGCCUCACAGACAUGGGAAUCACCCUCCCCUGGUACGACCAGAAGAGCGGGCAAGGGGCGGAUGGGCAAGGGGCGGAUGGGCAAGGGGCGGAUGGGCAAGGGGCGGAUGGGCAGAGUAGCGGCCUUGACGUUGAGAGAACCUCGUCGGGCGAUUUCGACCAAGACGUCAUGGUGCACGGGGGUUUCCUUGCUGCAUAUGACUCUGUCCGCGCUCGCCUGCGCUCCCUCAUUGCCAUCAUCACCGACCCCAACCGCCCUGCACCGCUCACCUCUCAUUCUUCUGAUGCUGAUGCUGAUGCGGACUCCUCGAUCCAUGCAGCUGACAGCCUAUCAGAGGGUGACACGUGGCGGGUGUACCUGACAGGGCACAGCCUGGGGGGAGCCCUGGCGACCCUCUUUGCCUACGAGCUCUCCCAGUCCAACCUGGUCAGGGAUCGCAACAUCCAUCUCACCAUGUACAAUUACGGCUCCCCUCGCGUGGGGAAUGCAGCUUUCGUUGCCAGAUUCAAUGUGUACAUGAAGGACAGCUGGCGCAUUGUGAAUCGUGCGGACAUCGUCCCCACAGUGCCCAAGCUAAUGGGGUACCGCCACGUGUGCUGCCCUGUCUACCUCAGCCCAGGGGGGCCCUCAGGUGACCUUCAGGCGGAUGCAUCACAGGAGCAGCUAGGAGUGGAUGAUGGGUAUGCAGCAGAGGUGGUGGGGGAGGCCAAUGCCAACGACAUCCUGGAAGACUAUAUGAAGGGUGAGAGAAGGCUGAUUGACCGGCUGCUGCAGACGGAGGUGGCGAUGCUGUCGGCUCUGAGGGAUGGGUCUGCCAUCAUGAUGCAUAUGGAAGACUUUUACUACAUUGCCCUGCUCAAGAAAGUGCGAGAAAGCUUGGGCGUUUCUCAGUGA